CUCGCUGUCUUUAUUCUGUCCAGAUCGCGUACUGAACUAUAAAAAGCCAACCGAUAUUUCGAUUGGAGUCAGUUGGCACAGCCUUGUCUCAGCUUCUACAUCCUGCACUAAGAGAUCAACAAUGAAGUCAACUGUCGCAUCGUGUUUGCUGCUUUUCGUUGCUAGCACUCAAGCCCAAUGGCUGAACAACUACGGAUACGGUCUAAGUGCUGCUGGAUUUGUUGGCGGGUAUUAUCCGGCCAACGCUAUCCCCAGUGCUUACACCGGUUUUCCUGCCACAGCUGCUGAUCCUUUCUACCGUUUCGGUUAUCCUGGGUACUGGCCAGCCAAUGCUUACUACCCCACAGCAGCAACCCUGCCUACCUACGAUUUUGCCGGUAACCAAGUCGGAGGCUACGCCCAGGUGCAAGACACUCCCGAAGUGGCUCAAGCUAAAGCCGCUCAUUUCGCCGCUCAUGCCGCUGCCAAGGCUCAUCUGAUUAAACCUGUUGUGACAGCUGAUGUUGUGGCAACGCCUUCCGUCGUGGAGAAAUCGAUUGAAACUGCCCCUGUUGCGACUCCCGUUUCACGCAAAAAGCGACAGAUUCAACACAUUUCUCCGUUUGCCUAUGGCUUCCCUUCUCCUUUGGCUUACAACAGUUUUGCAGCUCAUCCAGGAUACAAUUACGGUGCUCCAUUCGGCUACCACUUUGCCCAUCCUUAUUAUGGCAAUCAAGUUUAUCCAGUUGUUACUAACGUUAUCGCUCCGGCCGUUGGUUCUCCGGAUACCACAACCAGCGCGGCCGCCAGUACCGUAACCGACGUGGCAUCAACCGUCACAAAAACGGCCUGAAUAAUGAGAUGCAGAAAUUGCCGCAAGGGCUACCAAUCAUUUCUUUCUUUUGUAUGAUAGUUUGCAGUUGUCAUUUGCAAAACCGAAAUCUUGUGAAAUAAAUUGUUUUGAAUGUU